AUGGCGGACCUUGUGGACCACUCUCCCCGCCACCCCACGAUAGCUGCCAAACUCAGCAGCGCCUCGAACGUUAUAUUGAUUGACAACUAUGAUUCAUUUACCUGGAAUGUUUAUCAAUACCUCGUUCUCGAGGGUGCUACUGUCACCGUAUUCCGGAAUGAUGAAGUCACCGUGGAGGACCUUGUUGCGAAGAAACCAACACAACUUGUCAUAAGCCCUGGGCCUGGUCAUCCUGAAACCGAUGCGGGAAUCAGCAACGAAGCUAUUAAAUACUUCAGCGGAAAGAUUCCGAUCUUCGGCGUUUGCAUGGGUCAGCAGUGCAUGAUCACCAGCUUCGGAGGAAAGGUUGACGUGACUGGGGAGAUUCUGCAUGGGAAGACAUCAGUCUUGAAGCAUGACGCCAAAGGUGUUUACGAGGGGCUGCCCAAGGUUCUGUCAGUCACUCGGUAUCACUCCCUGGCUGGUACACAUUCGACUGUUCCUGAUUGCAUGGAGGUGACAUCCUGGGCUGAGCUCGAAGACGGGAGCGGUAACAACGUGAUCAUGGGAGUGCGACACAAGGAACUCGCUGUCGAAGGCGUGCAGUUUCACCCUGAGAGCAUUCUUACCGAAUAUGGGCGCACGAUGUUCAGAAACUUCCUAAAGCUGACUGCAGGUACCUGGGCUGGAAACAAAGGCGGCUCCGUGCCUCAAACAGUCCCUUCCAUGGAUAAGAAGCUGUCUAUACUAGACAAGAUUUACGCCCAUCGAAAGAAUGCUGUCGAAGAACAGAAAAAAAUUCCUGCUUUGAGUCCAGAGUCUCUCCAGGCUGCCUACGAUCUUAACAUCGCACCACCGCAAAUUUCUUUCCCGGCUCGAUUGAGACAGUCUGUAUACCCACUGUCUCUGAUGGCAGAGAUCAAGCGCGCAUCUCCUUCCAAAGGCAUCAUUUCAGCCAAUGUUUGUGCACCUGCUCAAGCACGUGAAUACGCCAAGGCUGGCGCCAGUGUGAUUUCUGUCCUCACGGAACCUGAAUGGUUCAAGGGCACAAUUGAUGAUCUGCGGGCGGUCCGUCAGAGCCUUGAAGGACUCACAAAUCGACCUGCUCUCUUACGGAAGGAAUUCAUCUUUGAUGAGUAUCAGAUCUUGGAAGCACGCCUGGCUGGUGCUGACACAGUCCUGCUCAUUGUGAAGAUGCUCAGCCUUGAGCUCCUCACUAGACUAUUCAACUAUUCCCGAAGCCUCGGCAUGGAGCCGCUCGUUGAAGUAAACACCCCUGACGAGAUGAAAAUUGCAGUGAAUCUUGGCUCUGAGGUGAUUGGCGUCAACAACCGCGAUUUGACUAGCUUCGAAGUCGACCUCGGCACCACCAGCCGCCUGAUGGAACAGGUUCCUGGGACCACAAUUGUCUGUGCUUUGAGUGGCAUCACUGGGCCUCAGGAUGUCGAAGCUUAUAAGAAGGACGGUGUGAAAGCUAUUCUUGUUGGAGAGGCACUCAUGCGAGCAUCUGACACGUCUGCCUUUGUGGCUCGUCUUCUUGGCGGAUCAUCUGAAAAAGUUGCUGCGUCUGCACCGCGUUCACGCUUGGUCAAGAUCUGUGGUACUCGGUCUGAAGAGGCAGCUAAAGCUGCAAUCGAGGCCGGAGCUGAUCUUAUUGGUAUCAUUUUGGUUAAGGGACGCUCCAGGUUGGUCUCCGACGAGGUUGCUAUUCGUAUUUCACAGGCAGUCAAGUCAACACCACGACCAGGGGCCCAAAUGUCCACGUCUGUGGAGGAGAACUGUUCACAUGAAUGGUUUGAUCAUUCACGCAAGGUCCUGCGCCACCCAGGCCGUGCUUUACUCGUGGGCGUGUUCCUCAACCAACCUCUAUCGUAUGUUCUCGCCCAACAACAGAAGUUGGGGCUCGAUGUCGUGCAACUCCAUGGCUGUGAGCCGUUGGAGUGGUCCACACUGAUUCCAGUCCCCGUGAUCCGCAAAUUUGCUCCAGGAGAUCUCGGGAUUGCACGUCGUGCUUAUCACUCUCUUCCCCUAUUGGACUCUGGGGCGGGUGGUUCUGGGGAGCUGCUCGAGGGAGCAGGUGUUCAAAAGACUCUCAACUCUGACGAAGGCCUGCGUGUCAUUCUUGCCGGCGGCCUAAACCCCGAUAAUGUCGUCAGCGCCAUCAAUGAACUAGGUGUGGCAGGAUCGAAAGUCGUUGGGGUCGAUGUUAGCUCGGGGGUGGAAACCAACGGCGUUCAGGAUGUGGACAAGAUUCGCGCAUUCGUGAAGGCUGCCAAAAGCAUUGCGUUGUAA